UUAAUAAAAAACAAAGAACAACGAAUAAAUAUAUGUACAUACAUUUUAAUUAAGUCUAAAAUAUACAUUAAAUACAAUGAGUUUGAUUCAUUCAGAGGAUAGUCCACUAUCGUCUGAUGGUAAAAUGGAUAUUUCUGAAACAACAUCCUUAGACUCAGGAGGAGUCUCCUUAAACGAUAACACUGAACGUAUGGAGAAAGAAAAUCUCCGCAUAUCGCUAAUAGCAAAAAAUACAGCAAACUACAAUCAAUCACUGGUGGGGGAAGAGAAUACGAACACCACCAAUUCGAGUGCUCUAGAAAUGUAUAACGACAACGAAGUUAUGAAUAAUAAGACAACAACAAAUUUGGACAACCGCAUUUUAAAGCCGUUACAAAAUCUAACUAUUGAACCGCCGUCAGACGACACACAAACACAUCAACAGCAGCAGCAAAAACGAAGUAACAUAUCUCGUACAUUAGCCGAUAAUCACCCUUUGAUGUUAUCACCCAAUGGCUCUGAUUCGGAUUCCGAAUACGAUAAUCAGCUUCACAAUCAUCAUAAUCAUGAAUGUAUUAAACCUGGUAUCAUGGAAAAUUCCAUUGACGAUGGGAAAAUAAAUGAAAAUCAAAAGAACUAUCCAGAUGUGGUACCAACCCGCGAACGUUUACAUAUACAAAUACCUCAACCCAUAGAACAAGGGGAACAACAAGAAGUCUCUAUAUUGAAUUCGAAAAAUAUCAACUGUGAUAGAAAAACAAUCUCUGAAUUGACAAAAAACAACAAGCAGCAGCUAAUUGGGCAUAGUUUAAAGCCGAGUGCUUUAAUGAGUGCUAACUUUAGAGCCAGUAGUCCGGAUCUGUUGAGCAGUGGAUCAGAGAUAAAUGUCUCCCAAUAUCAGGCUACAGUCGAUACCAACUAUCAGACGGUAGCUUUGAUGCCAAAGAAAGAUUUAAAUGAUGGUGCACAAAACAAACAUUUAAAAAAUGCCAAAAAAGCCGAAGACAUUUCCUCCCUAGAUUCCAUAUCUAAUCAUAGCUUUGAUGGUGAUGAAGAACACAAUUUGGCCUCUUUAAGUCCGUCAAGUUCUUUGAUAGAUGGUCUAGAUGACGAUGAUGACAACGACGACGAUGAUGAUGACGAUGAUUGCGAAGGUCCUGAAUUGCUGCCAGAUGACGAUUAUGUCGAUGAUGAGCAACAAUUCUAUCAUGCAUCUGGACAUAUUACUCCUACACCGGGCAGAUCGUUAAAUAGUCCUUGCAGAGAUUCUGCAGAUAAUCAACAACUACCCCAAUAUUCAGCCGCCGAGGAAAGACGUGAUUCGCGCAACUGGCAAAAGAUCACUUUGCCCGAUGGCCGAACCCGUGACAUAGAUAUGCGAGUUAUUGAGCCAUACAAACGUGUCUUAUCACAUGGUGGCUAUCUUAAGGCCGGUGGUCAUAAUGCUAUUGUUAUAUUUUGCGCCUGCCAUUUGCCAGAUCGUUCUCGUACCGAUUACAGUUAUGUUAUGGAUAAUCUCUUCUUGUAUGUUGUCAAAACAUUGGAACAGUUGGUUACAGAUGACUACGUUUUGAUUUAUUUGCAUGGCGGAUCGAGUCGUCGUAAUAUGCCACCAUUUCCAUGGCUUAAGAAAUGCUAUCAACUUUUGGAUCGUCGUUUAAGAAAAAGCUUAAAAAAUAUGUAUCUUGUGCAUCCAACAUUUUGGAUAAAAUCUAUUAUCUGGAUGACAAGACCUUUUGUUAGCACUAAAUUUUGGCGCAAAUUAGUUUAUGUUAAAUCUUUGGAUGAACUUUCACAGUAUGUUACAGCCUUGGAAAAGGCUGCCAUACCAGAAAAAGUUAAGCAAUAUGACUCUAAAAAACAUUAGAUGUGUAAAUUUUGUUUUAGUUCCAUGAUCUACAUACAUAUAUCCUAUAUAUUGUAUAUUCCUUUUUUUGUCUCUAGAAUACUCAAUUACUAAGUUUACUUAUUUAUAUCUUUCUAUAUGAUUUAUCUCUACCUUUGUGAUAUUUAAAUGUUUUUUUUUAUUAUUUAUUAUUAUCUUUACAUAGACAUUUUUUAAAAUCAUUUACAUUGUCUUAUAAUACUUGCAUUUUUUAAUUUCUACUUAAAGUUUCAUACAUUUUUUCCUAAUACAGCGCAAAUAAAUUUAUAAUUAAUAAACAAAUAUUAAAUAAGAUUUUAAAUUACCUUUUUGCUGAAACCAAAUGCUUAAAGGGAAAUUUUAAAAUUCAUUCCUAAAAACAUUCAGACUGUUAAAUGUUUGUUUUCGAAACAAGUUUUUAUUCAUCAGUACUUUAAGUAUUGAGUUUAUUUCUUUGGCAUUUAAUUCCUUUUUUAAUCAUGAACAUAACAUUCCCUCAUAAUAUUUCAUGUGUUAUUUGUUGUUAUAGGUUAAUUUAAAUGUGGCUUUUUUUGUUAAUAAAGAGAGAAAAAUACAGACACAUCGAAUAUGUAUGUCACUUAAUUUAAUUUACAAAAUUUCUAUUCUAUUUUAUUGUGUUUAUUAUCAUACAAAUAAUAAAAUUUAUACUUAUUUAAGGAAAAUAUUUCAAAUUCCAAAUCAACUAUAAAACUAAAAACUCAAUACAUUCCUCUUUUUGUUACUCGAAAAUAUAAAUUUAUCAUAGUAUCUCAUGCAUAUGUAUACAUCAAUACAUAUUUAUAAAUAUUAUACAUUUAAUAAUAUUGCAAUAUUAUAAAAAAAAUACCAUUUGAUAUUAUAGUCAUAUGCAUAUUGAUCAUAUCGCAAACAUUUAUUAAUAAACAUAAUCCAUGCCAAUCAUACAUAACAAAUAAAACAUAAAUAUUUUAAUAUUCGAUACUACAUACAUCCAUAAAUUAUUCCUUAUAUUAACUUCAAUAAUUAUAAAAACUUAUUUAUUCCUACAUAUGUAUGUAAAACAUUUGCAACAUUAAACCACCUAAAGAAAAUUAAACAUAAAACAAAAACUAAACCGUAAAGAACCCACUACUUGUUACCUAAAUUUUCAUAAUAUUCGUGUGUAUAAAACAAUUGCAAUAGCUUCUAAGAUCUUUAAAAUAUUUUGGCUUGUGUUUCUUUUUUGUUUUUUUUUUUUUAGAUAACGAAAUCACAAUAUAAUAAACAGUUGGAUCAAAUUUAGUAACAAUAUGAUUUUUAUAUAGAAUUUAUUUAAAUAGUAGCAUCAAUAUAUUUAAAUUUAAAUAAAUAAAUUAGGAAAAUUUUGAAUAUUACAUUUAUAGUUAUAAUUGGUUUCAUACAAAUGCAUACAUACAUACGUUUUAUUGAUUUGAAGGCACUUAAUCCAGCAACAAAGAAAAGUAAAUUAUUUAUUAAAUCCACAAGUACUUAUUGUUUAAAAGAUAUAUAUUUGUCAUUGUUUAUUUUAUUUAAUAAGUCAAUAAUAUUACAAUACAUAUAUAUACAACAUACAUAUAAAUAAAUUAAAUUACAUAAAUACAAAAGAACAAUAAAGUUUGAUAUUGAUUAUC